UGCUGCGAUGCUUGUAACAUCAAUCACAUCCAUUGCACGGGGCGCAUAUCGUCUUCCGUCUAUCAGCUUGAAAGUGCUCUCGCCUCGGGGGUGGGAUAUGUGCUUCUCCGCUCUAUUAUCCCGUAAAAAUCUGAUUCUCUCUCUGCAGGAGCUAUAUUAUUGAGUGACCGUACUGGACGUGCCAUCUAUUUCCCAUUCGCACCCAGCCUAAAGUUGGGACUUAAGACUUUCAGCACCACUUUUCCGUGGACAGCGCUCGCGAUGAUUUGGGGGGGAUCGAUGCAGCAACCAAUGCGUGUGGGUUCCUUUUGGAUACUAUUCCGAAACAAUGUUUAGAUAUUGAUUUUUUUUUUCUUCUUUUUUUAUAUAUAUAAAAGCCAGAGUCGCUCAGGAAAUCCUCCCAUCACAUAUUGAUAGAUUCAGCAAUUAUACGAUGUUUUGCUUUGGAUAUGGGUCACUUCCAAUGAAAGGAUUCUUCGUGGACAGGAGAUAGGGGAAUUCACUCUGAAGCCUGUGGACCUAAGCAGGCCUGGGGCUCUGACAUAUACCAAAUCCCUGCCCAGGGGAACCGGGGAGAUUAAAAACUUCUGAUUGAGGUGGAGAGGAGAGAGACACAGAGGGAGAGAGACGGAGAGAAAAAGCUUAUCGCUCACCUUUGUUCUUUCUAAUGCCCCAAGUGAAAGAUCUCCAUAGGCAAGUCUGUGAAUAACAACAGACACAGGAGCAGCUGCUCACCACUGUGGUCAGAUGAUGGAGUGAGGGAGUAAAAGAGGAGAAGGAAUACAUUGUGUGAAAUAGCCAAGCACAUAUUCUACAUAAGUUGAAUGCUGUGGAGCGCGGAGAGACAUGAGAGGAAUCCUUUUUAGUGCCAGCUGCUUCAAGAGGUAUUGCAAUUAACCCCCUGGCCAUCAUAAAAUUAUACCUGGCUUCUGUUGUUCUCUGAUUGCUGGGUUUGGUUGUACCGUGUGGGUCUGUGCUCGCGCCGCGGCCAUGUUUCAACCACCGGCUUGUAGACCGGAUCGGACCAGCCGGAUUCUGGCACUUCUGCUUCUUGUUGUUGCUCUUCUUCUCUACAGCUCCCUCGAGGCCGCUCAGGCUGCCAAACCCAAAGGGCCGGGACACACGCAUUUGAACUCCAUCCGCAUUGACGGGGAUAUUUCCCUAGGUGGGCUCUUCCCAGUGCACGCUAGGGGCCACGAUGGCAAACCGUGUGGGGAGCUGAAGAAGGAGAAGGGUAUACACAGACUGGAGGCCAUGCUCUUUGCCCUUGACCGCAUCAAUAAUGAUCAUAAUUUGCUGCCCAACAUCACGCUGGGGGCGCGUAUCCUGGACACCUGUUCCAGGGACACUCACGCCUUGGAGCAGUCGCUCACCUUUGUGCAGGCCCUGAUCGAGAAGGACGGGACAGAUGUCAAAUGUCUGGGCGGGGGAGCACCCAUCAUCACCAAACCGGAGAGGGUGGUGGGCGUCAUCGGAGCCUCCUCCAGCUCCGUCUCCAUCAUGGUGGCCAACAUACUGCGCCUGUUCAAGAUCCCCCAGGUGAGCUACGCCUCCACUGCUCCAGAGCUCAGUGACAACACCCGCUACGACUUCUUCUCACGUGUUGUGCCUCCAGACACCUACCAGGCCCAGGCCAUGGUGGACAUUGUCAAAUCCAUGCACUGGAACUACGUCUCUACAGUGGCCUCAGAGGGGAACUACGGAGAAAGCGGCGUUGAUGCUUUCAUUCAGAAGUCUCGGGAGGACGGGGGUGUUUGCAUCUCCCAGUCUGUCAAGAUUCCCCGGGAGCCCAAGCAGGGAGAGUUUGACAAGGUCAUCCGACGACUCAGAGAGAACCCAAAUGCAAGAGUUGUCAUACUUUUUGCCAGCGAAGACGAUAUCAGGCGGCUACUCCAUGCAGCCAAAAAGGCCAACCAGACAGGUCAUUUUAUCUGGGUGGGUUCGGACAGCUGGGGCUCAAAGAUCUCUCCGGUGGUGCACCAGGAGGAGAUGGCAGAGGGAGCAGUCACCAUCCUGCCCAAGCGGCAGUCCAUCAAAGGGUUUGAUCGUUACUUCAUCAGCCGAACUCUGGAAAACAACAGAAGGAAUAUUUGGUUUGCUGAGUUCUGGGAGAACAACUUCAGCUGCAAACUCAGCCGUCACGCCGUGAAGAAAGGGUCCGGGCUGAAAAAGUGCACAAAUCAGGAGCGGAUAGGAAAGGACUCAAACUAUGAGCAGGAAGGAAAAGUGCAGUUUGUUAUUGAUGCCGUCUAUGCAAUGGCUCAUGCCCUGCACAAUAUGCACCAGGAGCUCUGCCCGGGGAAGGUGGGACUCUGUGCUAAAAUGGAUUCCAUCAAUGGCACUCAUCUGCUCAAGCACAUCCGCCGUCUAAACUUUGCAGGCAUAGCGGGAAACCCAGUUCUCUUCAAUGAAAAUGGAGAUGCUCCUGGACGCUACGAGAUCUACCAAUACCAGAUCAGAAACCAAACAGCCGAAUACAAAAUCAUUGGCCACUGGACGGAUCAGCUCCAUCUCAACGUACGUACGAUGCAGUGGCCCGGUGGCGUCCGUCAGAUCCCUUCUUCAAUCUGCAGUCAUCCCUGUCAGGCCGGCGAGCGCAAGAAGAUUGUGAAGGGCAUCCCUUGCUGUUGGCACUGUGAGCGGUGCGAUGGCUAUCAGUACCAGGCAGACACCUACACGUGUAAGAUGUGUCGCUUUGAUUUGCGGCCCAACGUGAAUCACACGGGCUGCGUUCCAAUCCCAAUUGUUAAACUGGAGUGGAGCUCGCCAUGGGCAGUCAUUCCUGUGCUCAUUGCCGUUGUUGGCAUCAUGGCCACUGUGUUUGUGGUUGUCACCUUCGUCCGCUACAACGACACUCCCAUAGUGAAAGCAUCAGGCCGUGAGCUGAGCUACGUGCUGCUAACUGGCAUCUUCCUCUGUUAUGCCACAACAUUCCUGAUGAUUUCAACCCCUGAUGUAGGAAUUUGCUCCCUUCGGAGGAUCUUCUUGGGUCUGGGUAUGAGCAUUAGUUACGCCGCCCUGCUCACCAAAACCAAUCGUAUUUACCGCAUCUUUGAGCAGGGCAGCAUGUCUGUCAGUGCACCCAGGUUAAUUUCUCCAGCCUCCCAGCUGGUCAUCACAUUCUCCCUGGCCUCAGUGCAGCUCCUUGGGGUGUGCAUCUGGUUUGGCGUGGAUCCCUCCAAGGCCAUUAUUGACUAUGAGGACCAGAGGACGUCUGACCCGGUGAUGGCUCGUGGUGUGCUCAAGUGUGACAUCUCUGAUCUGUCUCUCAUCUGCCUGCUGGGAUACAGCAUGCUGCUCAUGGUCACCUGUACAGUCUAUGCCAUUAAAACCAGAGGAGUGCCGGAGACCUUCAACGAGGCCAAACCCAUUGGUUUUACCAUGUACACCACUUGCAUCAUUUGGCUAGCAUUCAUCCCAAUCUUCUUUGGCACUUCACAGUCCACGGAAAAGAUGUACAUCCAAACAACUACGCUGACCAUCUCUGUGAGCCUGAGCGCCUCGGUGUCCCUUGGGUUGCUCUACAUGCCAAAGGUCUACGUGGUUCUUUUCCACCCCGAGCAGAAUGUGCCCAAGCGCACACGCAGCCUCAAGGCCGUGGUUACCGCCGCCACCAUGUCCAACAAAUUCAACCCUAAGGCCGGACUCAGACCCAACGGAGAAGCCAAGACCGAGUUGUGCGAAAGCCUAGAAACACAAACUUUCCCAACAAAGCAAACCUACAUCAGCUACAGCAACCAUGCAAUCUAAUGGACAAUGGUUGUUAUCAUAAUUCAGGAUUUUCCACCUAGACGGAGAAAAACACGCAGUGGGGUUUCACACAACCGACAUAAAAAAAUGGAUGUGUCAUUGUACGGGUGGAGGUUACAGAAGCGUUGCCCAAAGACGUGAGUCGGCGAGGAGAGACCACAGGGAUGGACUAAACAGGGGACCACAACAGACAACAGUACAAUUGUAAAGCUCCAUCUUCUCUCUGCCUCACAAGAAUACACAAAAAAAAAAGAAAAAUGAGAAAUACUUGCAUGGCAGAGGCCUAGAGACUGAUGGAUGGAGCUUUCCUUUUAAGUGUUUACAUUUCAGCUAUGCCCUCUUUCAAAGACUCGUCUGUCAUCUUGAGCAGUGCUGACUGAAACCGAACUCAAAUCAACAUCAUGUUCAGGUGUCCUCAGUGUCGUAAUUGAUCUUAAACCCUCAAGGCAUCACAAGAGAUUAAUCAACACCAAAAAGGCAUGAAAUCAUGACCCAUGGAUUUCUAUAGGGGGGGAGGGUUGUGUUUGUUUUUAUUUCUAAAUGUAUUCCGGUAUCAUGAGUCAAAUGACUGGAAAUGGCUGUCAUCACACCAAUGCAACCAAUCUGUACCAGACUCCAAGCCUUUUGUCCCCCUCUUCCAGGUUUCCACUGAGUCAAUAAGAAGAACUACACUUAGAUGGUCUCUGCCAAUUUUGAGCAUGCCAGUUUCAACAUCCUGUGUUGUGUUGUUAAAAAAAAAAAAUCCAGAAAAGAAAAAAUACUAUCUUUGGAAUGCGUUUAAACUCUGUUGCAGCGUUGUUAACACUUGUUUAGGCCUGGUCCUAUUGUACGUUAAAAAA